AGAAUAAUAAUAAUAAUAAUAAUAAUAAUGCACACAGUCUACAGUGGCUGUCGCUGAAUGAAACCAUACGGCGCAGAGCCUACAGUGGAGGCCAGAUGUGCUGGAGUGUGGGACACGGGGGAAGGGAGAGCAUGGACAACCGGAAUUCCUCAGCUGUAACAGGAUAAUAGAGUAGAAUAAUAGUGGACGAUUAAAGCCUGAAGGAGGCAGUAAUGCAACUAAAAUGAUGCCAACUGCCGUAGAAUUCCGAAGAAGAAGAAGAAGAAGAAGAAGAAGAAGAAGAAGAAGAAGAAGAAGAAGAAGAAGAGAUUCUUCCUGUUUGAGACGUGCACGUUACAAAGGGUCUAAGGAUAAGUGUGUCGCGAGAUGUCGGUAGCAGGUGGCUGUGUGACGUUGUUGUUCAGGUGUGUGUCACUCGUACGUGCUCAGUGUGCGGUGACUGCGCCAUCAUUUCGGGUUUGUAGCGGCAACAGAGGGAUAAAGUUAGCCGCCGGGGACGGCAGCCUGACCCAGAGCCGGGCACGCAGCGGCACGCAGCUCGCUGUCACAGGGAAGCUGGUGCGGAAUGGAGAGGAUAAGAAAGUGAUCUGUAUUGAGGGGAACAUUGCCAGUGGAAAGACAACAUGUCUGAAGUAUUUCAGCGAAACUAGCAAUCUAGAGGUCCUUACAGAACCAGUCUCUAAAUGGAGGAAUGUCCGUGGACACAACCCUCUGGCUCUGAUGUACCAGGAUCCUGAGCGCUGGGGCAUCACACUGCAGACCUAUGUCCAGCUCACCAUGCUGGAUAGACACCUGUCAGCCAUAUCAGCUCCUGUCAGGAUGAUGGAGAGGUCCAUCUUCAGUGCCAAGUACAUCUUUGUGGAGAAUCUCUUCAGAAGUGGGAAAAUGCCGGAGGUGGACUACGCUGUUCUCAGCGAGUGGUUUGAUUGGAUCACAGCUAACAUUUCCAUUCCAGUCGAUCUGAUUGUCUAUCUGCAGACGUCUCCUCAGACCUGCCACGACAGGUUAAAAGAAAGAUGCAGAGAGGAGGAGAAGGUCAUUCCAUUGGAGUAUCUGGAGUCCAUCCACCAGCUGUAUGAGGACUGGCUCAUCAAGCGUACCUCCUCCCCUCUUCCUGCUCCUGUUCUGGUGAUUCCUGCUGACCAUGACCUCCAGAAGAUGCUGCACCAGUACGAAGAAAACCGUGACAAGAUCCUAGCAGCUAGCUACCUCUGACACCCACACAUACAGUUCCAGUUGUACACACUUCUGCAUGGAGACAAGAAAUCCUGAAAUCCAGUUUACAAACUAUUGUUACACAACUGAUCUGUUACAUUUACUUAGAGGUUUUCACAACCAACUAGAGCUCCAAGAUUCUGAUUACAAUUUGUGUCAUUUUGACAUCUCUCUACAUGGGACAACUUGGUACUCAGCUACAGUUCAGCCACUAUGUGUUCAUAAGGGCUAAUGCUCAUGGUUAGUAGCUUUUAAUUUCAGCAUUUCCUUAUCAAAACGGUAUAUUAAAAGUUAGACGGUGUAGUCCCUCAUUCGUCCAGGAGCGCUCCAUCGUAGAAAAGGUUUCAGUCGUAGUCGUCUGGACGCUGUUUUCAGAAUCAAGACGUUUCGGCUCCCAUCCAGAAGUCAUUCUCAAUUGUGAAAAAAUGGGACGGGAACUAGAAAUUUGGAUUCGGAAACGUCUUGAUUCUGGAAACAGUGUCCAGAUGACUACGACUGAAACCUUUUCUACGAUGGAUUAAAAGUAUGUCAACCGACAGGGUGGAAAAGCUCCAGAACCAGAACUAACUUGAGAUUCUGCUGACCCUCAGCGUUUCAUUGAAAAACCUCAAACUUCCAAAUGUCAAAGACUUUCCACCAGCCACUGUGAGGUUUAGCUGAUUAUUCUACAUUGUGCGUAGCUUCUUGUUCGGGUGUUAUGUAUUAGUGUGCUUUCUUUUCACCAUGUAAUGCACUGGAGGUUAUCCUCAGAACUCACCCAGAUAUCUGUAAUGUGUGUGGAUUUUAAAGCUCAGUGAGUCAUUGCAGAGGCUCACAAGGGGACCCCAGGUGUUGGAUUCGUAAAGUGAAAACUGGUCACGUAGUGUCAGUAGCAACCCCCCCCCCACCUGCUAC